GAGGUGAUUACAGUGCGUGUUCAGGACCCCCGAGUGCAGAAUGAGGGCUCCUGGAACUCUUAUGUGGAUUAUAAGAUAUUCCUUCAUAUGGAGUUUUGCUCGUUGCCCAGGCUGGAGUGCGAUGGUGUGAUCUCGGCUUACUGCAACCUCCGCCUCCCAGGUUCAAGUGAUUCUCCUGCCUCAGCCUCCCAAGUAGCUGGGAUUACAGGCAUGUGCCACCACGCCCAGCUAAUUUUGAAUAUAUAUUUUUUUAGUAGAGAUGGGGUUUCAUCAUGUUGGCCAGGCUGGUUUUGAACCCCUGACCUCAAGUGAUCCACCCUCCUUGGCCUCCCAAAGUGCUGGGAUUAGAGGCAUGAGCCACCGCUCAGGUCAAGGUGUAACCUAUUUUUGAGUGUUUCUGGUGGACCCAAGACAGAAGACUUAGAAGAAAGGGAGGGAGGAAAGGAAAGAGAGCUUGAGACCAACAGCAAAGCCUUUACUGCCAAGACUUCCUGUGUGCGGCGCCGCUACCGUGAGUUCGUGUGGCUGAGAAAGCAGCUACAGAGAAAUGCUGGUUUGGUGCCUGUUCCUGAACUUCCUGGGAAGUCAACCUUCUUCGGCACCUCAGAUGAGUUCAUUGAGAAGCGACGACAAGGUCUGCAGCACUUCCUUGAAAAGUGAGUGGACAGAACAGCUGGUGCUGGCCACCGAAGGUGGAGGCAGGGGUGGAGGAAGGUGCCAGGCGGGAUGGAGCUCCCUGCUCAGGGUCCUGCAGAGUGUGGUUCUCCUAUCAGACAGCCAGUUGCACCUCUUCCUGCAAAGCCAGCUCUCGGUGCCUGAGAUAGAAGCCUGUGUCCAGGGCCGAAGUACCAUGACUGUGUCUGAUGCCAUUCUUCGAUAUGCUAUGUCAAACUGUGGCUGGGCCCAGGAAGAGAGGCAGAGCUCUUCUCACCUGGCUAAAGGAGAUCAGCCUAAGAGUUGCUGCUUUCUUCCAAGAUCGGGUAGGAGGAACUCUCCCUCACCGCCUCCCAGUGAAGAAAAGGACCAUUUAGAAGUGUGGGCUCCAGUUGUUGACUCUGAGGUUCCAUCCUUGGAAAGUCCCACUCUCCCACCCCUCUCCUCACCAUUAUGCUGUGAUUUUGGAAGACCCAAAGAGGGAACCUCCACUCUUCAGUCUGUGAGGAGGGCUGUGGGAGGAGACCAUGCUGUGCCUCUGGACUCUGGUCAGUUAGAAACAGUUUUGGAAAAGUGAGCUCUGGGUUCUGCUCUGAGAUGGUCAGAGAAGAUGCGGGCCAGGAGACUUACUCAGGUGGGACUGGGCACAGGGCAGGUAUGUGGGAGGCUGGGCUGCUUAGUGUUUUCUAGUCGCCUCUGCUUGGGCUGAUCGACAGAGGUCAGUCAUAACAGCCCCUUAUGCCUCUUCCAUGGGAACAAAUACUGUGCAGAUGUUUGUAAGUUAAGUAUAAGACCCAGGGGCUGUUGAUUUUGAACAGAACCCCAUAUUACUGUCCUGGGAGCUGAGUUUCUGCAGGUCAUUUGUAUGUAGGACCAGGAGUAUCUCCUCAGGUGACCCGUUUUGGGGACCUGUAUGUGGCAAAUUCUAAGCUGCCAUAUUGAACAUUGUCCCAAUGGGAGUGGUUAUGUUGUAUCCCCAUCUUGGCUGGCUUCAGUUUUUGCUGUAGCCCUGGAGCACUUUGUUUCUGGGAGGCUGGCCUCUUGCCUACCUCCUUGCAUGGACAGGGGGAUGAAUAUUUACUCUCCCACCUCCUUGCUUUUUCUUUCACUGAUACCACUGAAUGGAACUGGUGCUGUGACUCCUGCUGCUGGGGAUUUAUGUCCCGAGACCUUAGCCUGGCUGAGUGGAGCCUGAGACCUGCACAACAGCUCAUGGUCAUGCAUGAGAGAGAGGUGGCUGGCCAAAGCCAGAGGGAACAGUAACAGCCUAGGGGCCUUUAUUUUGGGAAAGGCUGUCUGGGGCUGUCACUGUCUCUUCUGGUUAUAAAGCGGAGAUGUGGCUAUCUUUUCUGCAGGGUUAGAGUGGGCUCCUUUCUCUUUGGAAUCCUUUUCUUCUCCUUUGGUAACAGCUCCCUGCCUCCAGGGCUUCCGCCGCCAGCGUCUCUGCUGUGUUGCGCAGUGCAGUGGGGUGCAAGGGCUUUGUUUCUGCCUGCCUGAAAUAGAGGCCUCUGGGGAUGGAGAUGAGGAACAACAUGCUCUCCUUCAGACAAUGAGGCAUUCUGUCCUCCUGCUGCCAUUCUUCAUCUCCAGUGAGAGCCAGAGCUGGUAGGAGCCGAAUGCCACAGGCAUUCUGCAUUGCUCUACUCUUAGGUUUGUGUGUGUGAUCCUUCCCCUCCCUGUCGCCCACUCCUCCCUCCUCUGGCUAUCCUACCCUGUCUGUGGGCUCUUUUACUACCAGCCUAUGCUGUGGGACUGUCAUGGCAUUUAGUUCAGAGUGGAGGGGCUUUGGCCUGAAAUAAAAUGCAAGUAUCUAA